AUGGGAGUGACAGACAACGGUAAACCGGUCAGUCAAAACGCCACGACGACAGUGAAAGUCUCUGCAUCAUCCAAUAUAAACCCACCACGUUUUAACUUACCCGAGUAUCGAACAACAGUGGAUGAAAGCAAUCUAGUAGGAAGUUCAGUCACCAGAAUUUUAGCCACAGGAACCUCAACUUUUGGACAAAUUCUGUACCAAGUGGUUGGAGAUUAUCCCUCUGAUGUUUUCUUCGAUGUAAAUAACGUAACUGGUGUUGUUCGUAUCAAAAAAGAUCUACGCUUAGACAACCUGCGUCAGAUUUUAUAUACGUUAAAAAUCGUUGCCUACUAUAGUGGUCAACCAAACGCUAAAGCUGAAACGAAAGUUUAUAUAACGACUACCCGCAAUUCGAAUGUGCCAGUCUUCAAUCCAUCCCAGGUCACCUUGACAAUUGCAGCAACAACUCCUGCUGGAACGUACUUGAAGCGUCUUAACGUCACAGACGCUGAUAGCAAAUUCGUCACCUGCAAAAUCAUCAACGACGCCUCAGCCAUGGAAUUUUUCCAAAUUGACCCUAACAGUUGCCUUUUGACUCUAAAGAAAAGUCUUUUGAAGGACACGGCACAGACGAGCAAAUUUUUCAUCACGGUUGAAGCAAACGACAAUGGUAAACCGAAUCCGCAAAAAAGCACUGGCUUCGUGAUCGUAGAUGUUACGCGUGUGAUAAUUCCCAAAUUCGAAAACUUGCCCUUUGUCAUAACACAACCAGAAUCGACAAUUAAAGGAGAUCUUAUAUACACAGUGAAAACAACAAAAGCAACAUCUGGAAAUAUCGUAUACGAAAUCACUGGUGACAAUAUAGCCAAAAAUUACUUCACGGUGGAUCGUGUCAAUGGCGAAAUAAGAGCCAGCCAAAACUUGAAAGAUGACCCUCUGAAAAGCACACAGUAUAACAUAAAAAUAAAAGCCUACAAUACAAAUUCUCCCCAAGAUGCUACCACUAAUACUUUAAUUGUGAAAGUCAGUCGCAAUACAAAUCCACCACGAUUCUUCAAGCCACUCUUCUCAAAAAGUAUCAGCAACAAUUUUCCUGUUGGUCAAAUCAUUUUGGUACUCCAAGCAACCGACCUGGACAAUGAUAUGCUGACCUAUUCUAUAAUGACGACCGAUCCAGACGUGAAUAAUUAUUUUAAAGUGCAAGCCAAUGGAAAUAUCAUUCUUUUAAAGCAACUGCCAUCAACAUCAAAAAUCUUCACAUUUCCCGUAAAAGUGAGUGAUAACCGCACCCCAGAGAAGACUGACGCAGCAUCAGUGACGAUCAACGUAACGAGUUCCGUUAGUAGCCCAUUGGUCUUCGUAAAUACGCCUUAUAAGAAACAGAUUGGAGUUAAUACGCCGGUGAAUACUAACAUCUUCCAAGUAAAAGCAACCAGCGCCGAUAAAACGAAUCAAAUCGAAUACAAAUUUUCGGGCACAGUAGAAGGGAUGGAAUACUUUGGAAUCAAUAAAAUUACUGGUGAAGUUUACGUGAAGAAAGAUUUGUCUAUACACCCAGGAAAAAAACCUGUCUUCUAUCUGUUCGUGAGUGCCUACAAAAUCUCCAGUCCACAAAUCACCAAAGUAACCAUUAUGGAAAUAACAGUGCUGAAGAACCAAAAUUCACCUUUUUUCAUUCCUUUGCCGCCAUACUUCACCAAUAUCAAUGAUUAUGAUCCGGUCGGUACUCCUGUAUAUGACGUUAAUGCAACAGACAAUGACAAAACAGAUCCAGAGAACCGGAUUCUUUAUCGGCUGACUGACACAAAAACCUUCUUCAGUAUUGACCCUAAUACUGGACUCAUCACAAUCAACAAACCAUUAUCUAUGGAUGCACUAAAACGAAAACAAUAUCAGCUGGUUAUUGUGGCUGAGGACCAAGGCGAACCAUCAAAGUCUACUUCAGCCAGCAUCACGAUUUCUGUGGCACGCAACGACAAUCCGCCAAGCUUCAACAAUACCAGCAACAUUGUCAACAUUCCAGAUACCGUCGGUCCGCUAACCAUUGUUUUCCGUGUCACCGCACAAGAUCCUGACCCUGGAAAGAACGGUGAAAUAAGAUACAACCUGACAGGACCCGAUAACGCCCGAAAGCUCUUUGAAAUCGACCCGGUAACAGGAAUCAUUAGAACAAGGAUUUCACUGAAGGGUCAAAGUCAGACACCUUUCCCAGUUCUUGUUACGGCAACUGACUCCGGAGUUGAUCGGAAAGUCUCCACGGCGCAACUGAUCUUCCAAGUGAAAUCCACGGAUAAGCCGUUCUUCAGGAGUCCCGUUUACGAAACAAGCGUUAACGAAAACACGCCCGUCGGUGAUUCGGUGAUCACGGUCAACGCUGAAGAUCCCAGUCAACAAACUGUCGAUUUGGAGUAUACGGUCAUCAACAACGUGGAUUUAUUCAGUAUGGAUCUACAAGGAAACAUCAAAGUCGCUAAAUCACUCCUCAAUAUAAACAUAAGACAAAUAGACAUGAAUGUAAAAGCUUAUCGCAGGACCGAUCCAAAUCAAUCUACAACUACCACAGUGAAAAUAAAAAUAAUCAGUGGCAACAAUCCUCCUGUAUUCACGGACAGUUUCAAAAGAGUAACUAUCUCCGAUGAUUUCUCCGUAGGUGGAGUAAUUUUGACUGUCAAGGCUAAUGAUCAAGAUCAGGGUGAAAAUGGAAGGAUCACCUACAACAUAAUCUCUGUUAAUCCAGCAAUGCAAAAAUCAUAUUUCUAUGUGAAUCCAGUCACCGGACAGCUCACUGUCAUCAGUCUGCUUAGUAAAAUAAAGAAUGGACCAAAACAAUACAUCUUGAUCAUUGAAGCUAAAGAUAAUGGCUAUCCCCAAAAUCAAGCAACGAUGACUGUCACUGUGGACGUCAUUGGGAAUAGAAACGCUCCCAUAUUCACCCAAAACUCCUACACGUUUACGAUUGAUGAAACCGCUCGACUGAAUUCGGCUGUUGGAAAUGUGACUGCGACCGAUGCUGAUAAGGACGAAGUUUUUUACAGUAUCCCGAUUCGAAACACUGAGGCUCGAUAUUUCAGUAUUAAUAAUAUUACUGGUCACAUCGUAGUGGCCGGUGACAUUGUUUCCGAUACAAGAGACCAAUAUACGUUCAAAGUUAUUGCUGCCGACAAUUCUACAUCCCCGAGAAAGUCAGAAGUGACAGUAUACGUGAAUGUUCUUCGAAAUCUGAACCCACCUGUGUUUGUUCAGAAAGUAUACAAUGCAACAAUAUCGGAAUACGCCGCCAUACAAACAUCUGUUAUACAAGUUCGUGCAACUGAUCAAGAUGCUAUCCGAAACCCUUUGAGUCAAAGUGGGAAACUCGUCUACUCCAUAGUUCCAUCAAGUGAAUACUUUUUUAUCAGUCAAAACCAAGGAAAUAUCUAUGUAAAGAAUUUUCUGACAACUGAUAAGAUUGGCAACACUGUUUCUUUGACUGUUCGUGCCAUUGACCAAUCUUCUCAACCGAAAACUGCUACUGCUAGCGUCUUCAUUACAAUUACCCGUAACCAAUUCGCACCAGAAAUCAGUCCUAAAUUACUGACUGCAGAUAUUGAGACUACUUACCCUUUGAUGACCCAAAUUGUCCAGUUUACAGUCAGCGAUAAAGACAGAAUUGUCAAUGGAAAUAACCCGAACGGAGAAAUUAAGAUCAGCAUACCCGCCCAAUACCAAAAUAUAAGGUCAAUUUUCGAGGUGUCCAAUGUUGGUGUGGUUUAUCUAAAGCAAUCUCUAAUGAAUACCAAUAGUGCUGUAUAUAAAUUUGUGGUAGUUGCUUCAGACAACAGCUGGAAACCUAAGACCGCUGAAGCCAAUGUUGUCAUUAAUGUCACACGUGUAGAGGUACAAAGCGGAGAGUUGAAAUUCGGUCAGCCCUUCUAUGCUGUCGAUUUAAAAGAGAACACACCAAUUGGUAAAGUAAUUUUGAACAUGAAAGUGACCAACAUCGUUAUGGCUACAAGAAUAGUUUGCAAGCUGGUGGACAACUACGGUAAAUUUUCCAUCGUGUACAACCUGCAAACAAGUUCUUGUCAACUGAAAAUACUCAAUGAAAUCGACUACGAAACGGACAGUCGCACCUACGAUUUGGAGAUAGACGUGACCUAUUCUAAAGACACUAAAAGAGCAGCAACUACUUUGGCCUCUCGGACAAAGGUCUCUGUCCGAAUAAUAGAUGUCAACGACAAUACUCCAAAAUUCAAAUUCCCUGACAAUACGGAACUCAUCCCGAACACUUAUCUUGGAAUUAUCUCUUCACAGGCCGGUGUAAACGUUCCAAUCCUCUCAGUGUCUGCCACAGAUGCAGACAGCGGAACUUUUGGAGAUAUCAAAUAUUCCAUCAACGAUCCUGUUCCAUUUAACAUUAAUGAAGCGACAAUUUACAAUACAGACGUUUAUAAAGCUAAAGAUCCUAUCAAUUACCACUUCAAUGUUAUGGCCAGUGAUCUGGCGCCAAUCAGCAAAACGAACGUUUCUGACACUGUGAUCAAUAUCGUUUUCGACCAGAAUCGAUUAACUCUAAGAAUUCCAGAAAAACCCAGUGUUAUAGGAGCCAAACAAGAUUUUUAUGUGAAGUACUUAACUAACUUGUACAACAAGACAGCUAUAAUUGAAACGGUCAGAGCUACAUAUGACAAUAGUGGAAUUGCUCUUACUGAACUUAUUUUCGUCCUUGUUCAAAAUACAUCGCCACAUUUACUGCUCAACGUUACCAAACAAGAAAUCAAAGGUAAACUCGAUAACAAUUUGGGACUCAUACAAGACGCUAAACCUGAAAUCGUUGGUUAUUUACCCCAAACUUCAGUCAUGAGAACAAAAAGUUAUAUAUGGUGGAUGGAUGACCCUUGGGCUGCACUUGUGGCCCUGGCUGCCAUUAUCAUUCUGCUCUGUCUUAUUGGAAUCAUCGUUGUUCUCUUCACCUGGUCAAGGUACACAAAAUACUUAAACCAGUACAGACUUCAUCAUUUGGCUAAUGAACCAACAGAAUUCCUAGAACCACCAAGCUUGAAAAAUUUCGAAACUCAGUCUCUGAAUAUGUUUGUCCCAGCCGACGAAGCUGAACGAGAGCUUGGUGAAAUCAACAUGACAUUCGAAGGUGAUACUUUGAGACGAGUUGAGCAUCAGGGUGCCGACCCAAACGUCGCCUCAGCCGUAAACCCUCUUUUCAAUCAACAUUCCCAAGAAGUUCCACAGCCUACAGGGCAUACAGAAACCACAACAAUUCUUUGA